AUGCAAUCAACCAAACUCAUGGCCAAACAGAGUACCGUGGUACUGGGCCCAGAGGUCAGGAAACGGCUUUUUAAACUUUGUUUGAAUAGAGAAUUUGAUCUAGUGCUUCAAGAAUUGCAAAAGGUUUCCAAUCGACUCGUUGAGGAGUCAUUUCUGAACGUAUAUCUCGCAAAAAGCGUGCAAUGGGCCCAUGUCGAGUCCAUCGAUUACUUGUGGUAUCGGUACGUUAUGAGAGAACAGAGACUGAUGGUGAGACCACAGAUCUUAUGCGAUAUUGGCAAUAUAUCGCUAGACGCGAACAAAUCGUUUUGGCCUGGACAAUUGUGCACACAUUUCGCCAAAGUUUACGGUCAGGAAACGCAUUACCGCCGGUUUGGGAUUGAAUUACUUCGCAUUAAAGUUGAGAGUUUUGCAAAAAGCACGGGUGAAAAGACUUCUUUUUUGGAGAAAUGGAACGUUUUCCUCGAGGAACUCGAUCAAAACGUCAGUGAACGUCACUCGUUCAGUUUCCGAGAUUUCCCACACUUGGCGAAAGCACUACACUGUGAAGAAGCUGAAGUUGUCACAGAGCUACUUUUCAAAGAGACUAAAUCACCUGUUAGAAACCCGACCACGUUACCAAUGCUUUUAAACAUGUUAAUAUUACACCCGCACCUGGAUCCCGAUUUCAAAUUGAGACUUUUCGCAUCAUUCCAUCAAAAACAUUCCACUUUGUACUACGAUGACACCGCGUUGGCACUCUUGCAAGCGUAUCGACAUGAACCGUAUCGCAGUUAUGCUCUGUUCGAUUUCAUGAAAUGUAGAAAUAUUGAAAUCAGUGCUAAAGCUGUUAGACUGUUUACGCGAAACGUCAGAGGCUCUAGUUAUUUAAAUGCCUUGCAACUAGGGCAGCAUACUCAAGACUCAGCGAGCUGA